CAGCACUGCCUAGACAAAGACACCCGGCCAAGCUCUGGCAGGCAGAAAACAUGUCUACCCGGUAUCACCAAGCAGCAAGUGACAGCUACCUGGAACUUCUGAAGGAGGCCACCAAGCGUGAUCUGAAUCUCUCAGAUGAGGAUGGCAUGACACCCACUCUCCUGGCAGCCUACCAUGGCAACCUCGAGGCCCUGGAGAUAAUCUGCAGUAGAGGUGGAGACCCUGAUAAGUGUGACAUCUGGGGGAACACUCCUCUACAUUAUGCAGCCUCCAAUGGCCAUACCCACUGCAUCUCAUUUCUAGUCAACUUUGGUGCCAACAUCUUUGCCCUGGAUAAUGACUUAAAGUCUCCGCUGGAUGCUGCUGCUGGCAGGGAGCAGAAAGAAUGUGUUGCUCUCCUGGAUAAGGCUGCCACCAUGCAGAACACUGUGAACCCCAAAAGGGUCGCCAGACUAAAGGAACAGGCUCUGAAGAAUGCCAGGAGGCAGAUGAAAGAAUGCGAACGGCUUCAGGAGAGGCACCAGAACAAGAUGGCGCGUACCUAUAGCAAGGAGGACUCUGGGACGCUUUCCUCUUCCCAUAGUACUUUCUCUAGGUCAUCCCUUUCAAAUAUUUCUGGUGGAUUUGGAUCACUGUCUAAAGGCAUUAAAGAUACCUUCAAGAUUAAAUCUAAGAAGAAUAAAGAUACAGCAGAGCAGAUGGGGAAGGAUGGCCAAAAUGGGCAAAGGCCAGUGAUGGAAGUGUUCAGAGAAGAGGAAGAAGACUCGUUCCCAAAGGACUUCAAAGAGAAACUCCAUUUCUCAGCAGAAGAAGACGGUGACAUACAACACGAAUCUAUUCUCAACCGUCCAGGUCUAGGAAGUAUUGUUUUUAGAAGGAACAGAGUACUGGACCUUGAAGACAUCUCAGACAGCAAGAGGGAGUUGGAGUUUAAAAUGCCCAGUGAGCUGUUCCAAAGACAAGGAGCAGCAGGAGCAGAUGACGAAGAGGAGGAGGAGGAGGAGAGAGAGGCAAAUGGCUCUGCAGGUGAUCUUCCUUGGGAUGAAGAAGAAGUAGAGUGGGAGGAAGAUGCAGUUGAUGCCACUCCAUUGGAAGUGUUCUUGCAGUCUCAGCACCUGGAGGAAUUGCUUCCCAUUUUUAUGAGAGAGCAGAUUGAUCUAGAGGCUCUGCUGCUUUGCUCUGAUGAGGACCUUCAGAACAUCCACAUGCAGCUGGGCCCCAGAAAGAAAGUCCUUAAGGCCAUAGAAAAAAGGAAGCAGGUGCUACAACAGCCUGGUCAGCUGGUUGACACCAGUCUCUGAUGGAGGGCACUGAUUAACAGGGUAGCAUGAGCCUGGGAGUCAUGCUGAGUUCCCCUGGAACCACCCCGGGAUGAACCCUGUGCCUGGUCUCUGUCUCAUGACAGACCACUGGGAGCGGGUGUUAGGGUUUUAGAGAGGAUCUUCCAAAAUAGAGGCUCAAACUCUGAGAGAUACUCUGUAUCCAAGUAAAUCAUCAAUAAGAAAAGAUCUUGGGAGACCUUGGAACCGGAAAAUGGUGUUUCUCUUCCAGACUUUGAAUUUCAUGUAGACCAAAGGCUCUCACUGGUCUGAAGCCCAAAGCCCAGUUUAAACGGAUCUAGUCAUUUAACAGAUGUUUACAAACUAUGGGGUUGGGUUUACAGUAUUCCUGUCUGAGAAUCAGGAUGUGUAGCAGGUAGGGGGAAGGCAGAAAGAAAAUGUGGGAUACUUGCUGUGGACUGAGUUUCUAAAGUUCAUGUAUGGAAGCCCUAACCCCUAAGUGAGUGUUUUUGGAGAUAGUAUGUUAAAGAUGUGAUUAAGGUUGAAUGAAGUUAUAAGGGCUGGCUCGUAAUCCAAGAAAGUGUGAAGGGUUUGUUCACACUCAGAGAAAGGAGAACAGCAGGAAGCCAGUUGCCAACCAGCCAAAGAGAGAAGCACUGAGAAAUCAAACCUGAUAAUAGUUUGGGCUUUUCGGCCACCUGAGACCUGAAAAAUAAAUGUCUGUUGUUUGAGCCA